CGGCUUAUAAUAUACUUGUGGCUCAAAUACAAAGCCAGUCAAUUUAAAUGGUGUGGUGGACCUCAUACCUGGGCAGUAAUCACCGGGUGCACUGAGGGUAUAGGCCUGGCCUACGCUAACCAACUGGCCGCUAAAGGAUACAAUCUAUUGCUUAUAAGUCGUAAUCACGAAAAACUGCAAAAAGUCAAACGCGAUAUCCAGGACCAGGUGAGGGCCGCUCGCAAAGUGCGUACACUCGCCAUCGACUUCAACGACAUAUCACAAGAAACAUACGACACGAUAGAGUCCGAGUUGGACGGCUUGGAUGAGAUCCAUGUGCUGGUCAACAAUGUGGGCACUAAUUACCCACACGAGAGACCUGAAUAUAUGACCAAGUUACCUAAUUUGAAUCACGUUAUCAUGAGCCUCAUUAAUGUCAAUAUAGUCUCGUGUACCAGACUUACGGCACUAGUAUUGCCGCGUAUGGAGCGCAGGGGUCGGGGAGUCAUCAUAAAUCUCUCCUCAUUCUCGGCCCUAUACCCCGUCCCACUCCUGUCCCUAUACUCAGCCACCAAAGUAUACGUGGACUACAUGUCGCGCGCGUUGCAGGAGGAGUACCGGAGCUCCGGUAUUAUCAUACAGUCGGUGAUGCCGUUCUACGUGUCCACGCGAAUGACCUAUCAUAUGGAGCCCCGGUUUUACGCGCCUACCCCUCACAUAUUUGUGAAGCAAGCUCUGAAGACAGUGGGUCAGGAGGACAGGACGGGUGGCUUUUUUGUACAUAGAGUGUGGAGUUUGUUUUACUUCUGGGUCGGAGUGUUCUCGCGGUUUAUUGGUAUUGAUGUCCACAUUAAGAUGACAUACCAUAGACUCAAACGGAUUAGGACCAGAAUAUUAGACAAGGUAGAUGAAGAUGUGGGAAAUGGUAGUGCCGUUCCCCUCAAUGGCAGUACAUUUACC